AGUACCAUCAAAGACAAUAAACUUUAUUAUCUAUGAGUAUCAUAACAAAAUAUCAAAUUAUCGUGACUCUUCAACUCAUGAAGUAAGUUUUAAAUAAAUAUUUCUCCCUAGAUAUAAUGUUAUGUAUAAUAUACGAAUUCAAAUUUUAAUUUUAAUGUUAAACUAUGAAAUGCCAUUGUAUUGAAUGUAAAUUCGUUUAAAAUUAUAUUUUAUAAGUAUUAAUAAUUGUUUUUCUAUUAAAUGUAUACAUUUUUCAAUAUUCAUUAAGUACUAUAUUGAUUUAAACUAAGUCCAUCAAUUUUUUUUAUGUAAUGUGUAAUGAAUUUUAGCAUUAAAUUAUUUUAGUAUAAAAAUUAAAAGCAUGUAACAACCAUUUAAUAAAGAUAAAUUGAUUGUAAUAUUGUAAAAGAACAAAAAUUGUUUAAUUGAUUAAUUUCUACUAAAAAAUAUUAAAUAAAAUGAAUACAUAUAUAUAGUUAUAAAAGUCAAUCUAGUUUAUUCAUAAUAUGAUCAAGUUGUAAAUCAUUAUUUAUUAAAUUUAUUCAUAAACAAUAUUAUGUACUAUUUUUUUUUCUGUAUUUUAGCUGUUGGGAAGUUAUUUAACCAAUUAAAAUUUGACAGAGCAUAUAAACUGCUGGAAUGAGAAAUUGUUAUCAUUGGAUGUAAUGACAUCAGACAAUAAAAAUCCUACUCUAAAUUUCAAAUUACUACAGAAAAGUAAGACAUUAUAUUUAUAAUCUCCGUAGUGAUGCAUUUGAAAUUAAAAAAAAAAAAAAUUAACUUUUAAAUUUGAUUUAAACAAUUUAUACUAAUUUAUUAAAACUAAUUAGUGGCGCAACCAGGAUAUACUUUAUUUUUUUUUUGUGAAAGAUUCAAUUUCUGAAAGAUUUUGGUGGGGAAAAUUGGAUAAGGUUAAGUUAGAUUUAUAAGUCAAAUCUUUAAAUGUAUAGAUAAUUCAAGCAGAAAAACAAUUUAGGCUCAUAUUAAGUAUUUAAAUAUACCUAACUACUAAGUUAUAGUAUAAUAAUAAUAGUUAUUAUUUAUAGUUUAAGAUAAAUUCUUCGAGUAACACGCACAUAAUGAUACAUUAUGUUUCAAAUCUGUAUAUAAAUCGAUACAACUACAUACUAAGUAGAAUUUUUAAAAAACUCACUAACAUAUUUUCGGGGGUGUACAACCUCUGAAGCCCAUCCCCUAGUUGUGUCACUGUCACUGAAACCAAUAUUCAAAAUAAAAAUAAUUAAUUUUUAUUUUAACAGUAUAAUAUAGAAAAAUACAGUAGAAGUACCUACUAUUUUAAUGUAUAAAUUAAUAUGCACCAAGUAUUAUCAGUAUGAACAGUUUGUAAUUUUGUUUCCAAUUAUAAAAAUGUUUGUAUUUUUCCCUUAAUAGUUUGGAAAAUUAUCGAAAAGAAGUACAGUAUGAUGAAAUUAUAUUUCUGACAGUAACCAGUGAAAUUUCAUUCAUUACUUGGUGAGUGUAUUUAUUUUAACAGCAAUAAGAGCACACAGAAUAAUAAUAAUACUUGUAUAUUAUCCAUUAUUUACAUUCUAUUAUAAUUUCAUAAUAUUAUUAACGUGUAUAUAUAAGUAAUUUAAGGAUAAACACAAAAUAAAAACUUGGUAUUUUAAAACACAAAAUUCUGUUCUGUUUUGCACAGACUUCAGACUGUCAGAUUCACAUUAACAUAAAUCUUUGUUAGUAGAUUAAUGGAAUGUUAUUAUCUGGUUUGGUUAAAAAUUGUGUUUCUAGCUAACAAACACGUAAUGGCUAACUGAAUCUUAUUUUGUUUUUCACUAUAAACCAUUAACUGUACAAUCUAUUUUAUUAUUAACUAGCUGAAUAACCCCAAGGCUUCACCCUUGUGCAGUUUUUUUAUGUUACCAAUAACUUUUAUUUAUCAGUUUUUAUAUUACAGUUAUAGUUUCUAUUUAAAGAUGUAUAUCCUAUGUAUUGUGAUUACCAGAAAAAUUGUAUAUUUUAGUAUUUCAAUGACAAAUCCUAAGAGAUAAUUUUUAUGGAAGAAAUAUUGAAGUAUAUAUACCCUAUAUUACUAUAGUAUACCUUUUUAGUUGAAAAAAAAAUGUUUUAUUUUUAUUUAUAUUAUACUUAUUAUUACUAUCAUUACUAUUAUUGUUAUUGGAGACAUAACUACACAGAAAUAGCGUUGAAAUUAAAUUUGUUGGACAUUGAUGAUCAGCAAUCAAAAUUACAAUGAAAUAACUAAACAAUAUUCAGUAGAUACUAUAGGUACAUUUUGCUAAUAGUUACCACAUAAUUAAUAAAAAUAAUAAUUAAAUGUACUUUGUUACCAAGGUAACUCAAUCAACAAAAAUUAUACUACCAAAUACCAAAAUUCCUAUGCCAGCUAUUCUUUAGGGAUUGAAUUUUAGAGAGUAUUAUUUUCACUCGGUAGCAAAUGUUCAGUGACAUUUUAAAUUUAUUGUUGAUCAACAUUCAAUUGUUAUUGUAAAAUUUUUGUUAUAUUAUAUAAAUAUUAUGAAAGACUUAGUAGUUUAGUAAUUAUUAUCAUUUAAAUUCAUAGUGCAAUAUUGUGGUCAUUAGAUUAUUACAUUUACUUGCAACAUAAAAAAAUAAAAGUAAUCCUUUUUCUUAUAAUUUUCAAUUUUCUGUUCUUUAGGAAGACAAUUCAGUGCCAUCCAACAACAGCAGAAUAAAAAUGCCACCUAUUCAACACCAUUCAUCUUCCAUCUGAGGUGGUAUUUUCCAGAAUGCCUAUCAUAGUAGAAAAACACUUCAGUUAUGUCUUCAGAGUUCAACAAUAGAUGUCUUUUUAGUGAAGCUCUGUAAUCAUAAGGGUUGAAUUCUACAUUGAAAUGUGAUUUGCUCAUAAUUGUAAACAUAUAGUAUAAUAUAAAAACUCCACAGUAAAAUAAAUCUCUUUGUUUUGGA